AGAAAUGCAAAUCAGAGUCUGGCCGGAGAACGAUCGGGUUCUGCUAAAACCAGAGCCAAUCGCCGACGGGACCGAGCUUGCUCCAAACAAUCCGGUGAUGAUCUCAGAGAUGGCGGUGACGGCGAACGGCGCGAUUGGGUCCAGAGCCGGCGGGAAAGUGAAAUCUGUGAUUCCGAAGAGGAGGAUUUUAGUGAAGACGAUGAUCUACAACUUCAUAAAGGACUUCAUUAUCUCCCUCUUCCGUCCGCCGCCUUCCGCCGUACCUGAACCUCCACCACCGCCGCCACCCAUCCCCAACACGAUUCCCAGCAAAAUUCAUGGAUUCAUUACCUUGAUCAACUCCAUAUCAAAUAGAGCAAAUCUCACGGCAACCCAACAGCAAUAUAAGAAGUGGCCUAAAUCAACGUGA